ACCACAGGAAGUCGGCCAAAAGAAGGAAAAGCUGAGAUCAGCAGCGAGCGAAGAGAGAGAGUGAGAGAGAGAGAGAGUGAGGAGAGAGAGAGAGAGAGUGAAGAGAGCGGUGUUCCUGCCGUCACCACGCCACGCCACGCCACGCUUGCUCGCUCGCUCGCUCGCUCGCUCGCUGCGUCCCUUCGUCACUUGGCUUCGCUCACGCGCUCGGUCCAUGCGCUUCCUUCGUCUUUCAGUCUCUCCCAGCCAAAGACAUGUUGUUGUCUCGACGGCUUACAGCCAGCGCCCGCUCGAGCUGCGCCAGCAGCAGCAGCAGCAGCAGCUGUCCGACGAGUCUAUCCACGAGGCGCGUCGUGGGAGUAGUAGUGUGUAGAACGAAGAGCAGCAGCAGCAGUGGUGGCAGUGGUGGCAGUAGCAAGAGGGAGCUGCAGUACUCGUGUAGAAGGAGAUUUCGGUCGAAGAUGGAGUUCUUUGCGCCGCAACUGCGGGACACGCGGCCUUUCCAUUUUGUAUCGGAGUACUACUCGGUGCCGCUUCGAGCGGCCAGGGAAUCCGUCACGCCCAUUUGUUUCUGGGGCCUGAAAAAGCCGCGCGUUUCCGAAGUGGUGCAGGCCGGGGAUCCGAUUCUGCAUGAGCCAGCUCUGGAAGUGCGAAUGGAAGACAUCGGCAGUGCGCGCAUAGAGAAAAUUAUCAACGAUAUGGUGGCCACAAUGCGCGGCGCCCCUGGCGUGGGCCUCGCGGCGCCUCAAAUCGGCGAACAAUUGCAGAUUAUUGUUCUGGAAGACACACGCGAGCUCAUGAGCUAUGCAUCACCCGAGGAGAAUGAAGCUCAGCAGCGUGCACCGUUCGACUUAAUGGUGAUCAUCAACCCCAAGCUGACGAGAAAGAGUGCAGCAGGCAGUGCUAUCUUCUUCGAAGGAUGUCUCAGUGUUGAUGGAUACCGUGCACUUGUGGAAAGAGACUUGGAAGUGGAAGUCACGGGCCUCGGCCGAGAUGGUAAGCCUGUACACGUGAACGCCAGUGGGUGGAAAGCCCGAAUUCUUCAGCACGAGUGUGAUCACUUGAUGGGCCAAUUGUACGUUGACAAGAUGAUCCCACGCACUUUCCGAACGAAAGAAAACUUGAGACUUCCGCUGGCCGCAGGAUGUCCUGAACCCGGUCCAUGUAAAUUAUCCGCGAAGAGCAUCAGGGUAGACUAAUUCACGUACAUCAUGGUAAGAAGCAGAUUGUAAAUUAAGAUGCGAUGCUGUCAUGUGAAUAUAUAACUGUGUAGAUCAUAUCCAUCAAACAUCCGGCAGUCGAUGCAUACUCAGGCGAGCCAUGCAUUGUUGCGUUGCAUUAGAAGACAUACAGUCGGGGUAAGUAGCGUUAGUAGGCAGUAUAUGGGAAUAUUGUACACAACGACCCGCUACGUACAUUACAUGGGUGAUGUCUCCCAUGGAGGAAAAUCUUAGUCUUCCUUCUGGCUCUUCCGACUGAAUAAUUAUCAUUCAUGGUAUCAAUCAUGACGAUGCUGCUG